UUGUAUGAUGGUCGUUUACUUUAGUAAACCCUUAUUAAUAAAAUUUUUCUUGGCAAUUUUCCGUGACAGCCCGUCACUCAAAUUUUUUAGCAGAAUUAAAUAUAUACUAACAAACUUUUAAAUAUUACAUAUCUUCUAUAAAAGUAUUAUCAAUCAUGUUGUCAAACCUUGAAUUAUUGGAACAAUGCAUUGCCAACCUUGAAGCUAAAAAAGACGAGCUUAAGGGCGAGAAUACUGAGCUUAAGAAUGAGAAUGCGAAAUUGAAAUGGAUUAUUGAGAAGAAUGUCAGGCGUGAUGCUGAGAAUGCCAAACACAAGAUGAGACAUUUAAGAAAAGCAUUAGUGAUGGGUUUAGGCAGAAGAAUAGGAAAAAGAAAUUGUUACAUGAAUCAGCUACCCAGGACUUAUCUGGCGGGUGUUUCAAAUGAAACCACCUCUUCUGUAAUAAAGGACAAAAAAUCUCAAUCACAUAAGAAGAGGAAAGCAGAGAAUAUUGUACAAGAUGUGUUUGAUUUUACAGCCACUUCGGUACCUGAGAAAAAUCAUAUGACUGAAAUUUCUAUGACGGCCCGUUACGAAAAAUCUGAUAUAAAUAAUCCCUCAAAUAUAUUACAAAAUCUAGCCUGCUUAAUCCAAAAAGCAUGGGAUGUGAAAGAUGAAGCAAUUCUAGCUAACCAAAAAGAAUUAUUAUGUUGGUGUUCCUAUAUUGUAGAAUUCAAUAAAAAGAUCACAAAGUUUAUGACUAAGUAUAAAAUUGGUGAGAAGAAAGUGAAAGGUAUGAUUUAUGACAAUCUUAUUAAACUCCUUCGUCCUGGUACUAAACGUAAUACAUUACUAAAACAAACUCAGAAAGCAAGAGACAUAUACAAAUUAUUUGAGAAAAUAGGAAUUGAUAAAAUUAAGUAUAUCACAACGUAUAGUGUGAAUUCUAUAUCGGAAUUAUCUGAUAGUCAAAUUCAAACUAUUGUUGAUUAUUUCUUCAAGAAUCUAAACACUGAAUUACCAGAUGAUUGGAAUGGCACUAUUAUCAAUUUCGAAGAGGAUAUUUUGAUUGAUCAGGAUAAUGUAUUAGAGGAGCAAGCAAAACCCUUAGUUUUAGCAGCGCAGGCUGAGCUCGAAAAAAUUGGAUGCCAAGAUAAAGGUGGUGCACCUAUUCCUCAACCCGAAACUCUAGUCCAUGACCGCUUCUAUUUUCACAACAAGACAUUGGAUCAAUAUCCUAAUUUAUAUAGAGAAUUUAGUAGUGAAGAUUUUGAUUGUUAUGGAAUUAAUGAUGAGACAUUAUGCCCAUUAUGCAAGUUAGAUUAUGAUGAUGAGGAAGGUAUAAAUGGUAUGUAUAAAUCUGGAUCUUACUUUAUUAAAUGUGAAUAA